AGUGGCCUGCUCUCCUCCUCACACUCCCCCAAUCCUGCCUCCCUGGGUGGACUCGCGCCCGCACACGUUUGCUGCUCACUUGAGCGGCAUCUGGGGCUCCAGGCGGCGGCAGCUGCAGGCCGACCGCCGGCUUGGCGGGAUGGACUGGCCACACAACCUGCUGCUGCUUCUUGCCAUUUCCAUCUUCCUGGCACUGGGCCAGCCCAGGAGCCCCAAAGGCAGGAGGAAGGGGCAAGGAAGGCCUGGGACCCUGGCCCCUGGGCCUCACCAGGUACCCCUGGACCUGGUAUCUCGGGUGAAGCCCUACGCCCGCAUGGAAGAGUAUGAGAAGAACCUGGGGGAGAUGGUGGCCCAGCUGAGAAAUGUCUCUGAACCAGCUCCGAGGAAGUGCGAGGUCAACCUGCAGCUGUGGCUCUCCAACAAGAGGAGCCUGUCUCCUUGGGGCUACAGCAUCAACCACGACCCCAACCGCAUCCCCGCGGACCUGCCCGAGGCACGGUGCCUGUGUCUGGGCUGCGUGAAUCCCUUCACCAUGCAGGAGGACCGCAGCAUGGUGAGCGUGCCGGUAUUCAGCCAGGUGCCCGUGCGCCGCCGCCUCUGCCCACCGCCGCCACGCCCUGGGCCCUGCCGCCUGCGCCCUGUCAUGGAGACCAUCGCUGUGGGCUGCACCUGCAUCUUCUGAGUGCCGGCCCUGCACCGAGCCAAGCCAGGCUAGAUACGUGAAUGCUGUUCCUUGUAAAGCAAGCCUUUGGCUUUGUUCUUUGUGGCUGAAAGCAAAAAUUGGGGGGUGGGGCUUGGAGAGUCUGGAAGUCAAGUAUCAGAUCAAUAUAAAGAGGACUGUCCAUCAUUCUGAG